AUGGACGCCAUCACCGAUGCCGGUUAUUGUGGAAAAAUCGUCAUUGGGAUGGACGUGGCUGCUUCGGAAAUGUACGAGAACAAGAAGUAUAACUUAGCCUUCAAAGAUAGCAAGCCGAAUCCCUCCAUGAUCCUUAAUUCGGACAAACUAUCUGACCUCUACAUGAGCAUCAUAAAUAAGUACCCUAUCAAGAGCAUCGAGGAUCCCUUCGAGCAGGACGAUUGGGAACCCUGGAUCGUUGGCGAUGAUUUGACCGUCACAAACAUUGAUCGCGUCCGUAAGGCCAUCGAUGCUGGAGCCUGUAACUGCCUGCUCUUGAAAGUCAACCAAAUCGGGUCCUUCACUGAGGCCCUGGCAGCCGCUCAACUGGCCCGCCGUAAUGGUUGGAAUGUCAUGGUCUCCCACAGGUCCGGAGAGACUGAAGACUGCACAAUCGCGGACAUAGUUGUUGGGCUGAAUGUCGGCCAGGUAAAACAAAACUAG